GGGAGAGUGAUUGAGAAAUCUGACCAACGUUUGUUUAUGACUGGCACAAUACUGCGGUGGAUAACUGGCCCGGAAGAUUAAUGGUGUGAAUGAGUGUCCUCUGCUGCCAUUGGUUUAUGUUUACCUUUUUUCAGGAAAAGGCACCUUGUCUGACGUGAUGAGAAUUGAUUUGCUAGCAGCUCUUCAUAGGCUGUUUAUUCCAAAUCACUGCUCGGCAACCGAACGCUAAACGUUGAAAAUACUGGAAAUAAAGCAGGAUUCAUAUAUUUGUCCGAAGUAAAAUCAGGAAGUUGGCUUCAGUGAAGUGCUCCAGCUUGGUCAUCAUCCCAUGACUCACUGGUUUACACUAAUUUAGAGGACGCUGACCACAGCAAGCGACCGAAGCACAGGCGAGAGCAGCAGCGUGCAGCACGUUACUGAGAGUCCUGGAGGGACUGGAGUUAUGACUCAGAGCCCCUGAGACAGCAUGGAGCUUUAGCUCGCCACACCAAACCUCAGUUCAAGAGUGUGUCUGUCUGAGAAUGGAGUGGUGCAGGCUGCAGGCUGGAUGACAGGGUCUGCAGGGAUCUCUGACUGCCCUCGCCCCCCCCUCCACACCACCUGAUCGCCCCGUCUCUGUGCUGACGGGGAUCCGGAGAGACGGCCACACACACACCCUCCUCCUCCCCCCCCGCCUCCCCUCGGGCCACAGCAUUGCACACUCCAGGGCAACCGUUCCUUCCCCUUCCUCUUCACUCACCCCUCCGCCUGUGUAGGAGGACACUCCACCCCUCUUGUUUUGGGGGUUUCCCUCUCCACCUUUCCCGAGCCCCCCCUCCCCUCCCUUCCUCCCCUCCUUUUCUCCCCCUGUUCUCUCCCUUUCCCUCUUCUCCCCCUCUUCCUCAUUUCUCCUCUUCUCCGUUCCUCUCCUCUCUCUCCCUCUCUCUCUCUCUCCCCUCGGCGAGCGUGUGAGGGCAGAAUGAGCUGGUUAAGCCGUCUGAACCCGCGGGCGGCCGGCUCCAGGCCCGGCCGAAACGCCGCCCCCUCCAGCCCCUGCAUGGCUGACCCGGAGACCUGCCUCAUGGUCUUCCAGAACCACUGGAGACAGGUGUCGUGGGUGCUGGAGCAGAAGGACUCGAUGUCCAGUGGCGCUGACGACUUGACCGCCGUGAGGAACAACACCGACCAGAUGCUGUGCCUGCUGGCCGAGGAGCGGCCCCAGGAGCUCGACCCCGAGGUCCUCUCCUCCUCUUCCUCCUCCUCCUCUUCCUCCGCGGCCGCCUGCAUGGGGCCCAUCUUGGAGUUUGUGGUGUCCGAGCGGGUCCUGGAGCGGCUGGUGGAGUGGCACGUGCGCCGCGGCCUGGACCCCGACAGCCAGGGGGCGCUGCUCAAGCUGUUUGAGAUGCUGAUCGGCCAGUCCCAGCAGCCCUUGCUCCAGCACAUGGCCGUGCUGCAGCCGCUGCUCUGCCUGCUGGCCACCUGCGCCGACCCCCAGCUGGGCUGCCCGCCCGCCCUCGAGGCCAGCCUCGUGCUCCUGCUCAACCAGGUGUGUGUGUGCACAGCGCGGGAGCCCAAGGUGCUGGAGCUGUUGUUCCAGGCGACGCCGGCCCCUCAGGGUCCCACCAACCUGCUCAUCUUCUCCCUGCUGGUGCCCUUCAUCCACCGGCACGGCGCCAUCGGCCAGCAGGCCCGCGACGCCCUGCUGCUCGUCAUGGCAACGUCCGCCAGCAACGAGGCCGUGGCCCAGUACAUCACCGAGAACUCCUACUUCUGCCCGGUCCUGGCCACGGGCCUGAGCGCUCUCUACUCGUCGCUGCCGCGGAAGAUCGAGGUGCGCGGGGACGACUGGCACGCGCUGCGGCGCGAGGACUGGAUGGGCGUGUCCUCGCUGGUCCUCUUCAUGAACUCCCUGGAGUUCUGCAACGCUGUGGUGCAGGUUUCUCACCCACUGGUGCGCACUCAGCUGCUUGAUUACGUCCACAAUGGCUUCCUGAUUCCAGUCAUGGGCCCCGCCCUUCACAAGUCGUCUGUCGAUGAGAUGAUCGCCAGCACGGCCUACCUGGACCUCUUCCUGCGCAGCGUCACGGAAACGUCCCUCCUCAAAACCUUCCUGCGUUUCAUCCUGCUGCAUCGCCACGACAACGACACCAUCCUGGACACGCUGCUCACACGCAUCAGCAGCAACUCGCGGUUGUGCAUGGUUUCUCUCAGCCUCUUCAAGACACUGCUGUCCCUCAACUGUGAAGACCUCAUGCUACAGCUCGUUCUCAGGUAUCUGCUGCCAUGCACACAUGUGAUGCUGAGUCAGAGGCGUGCGGUCAGGGAGACAGACAUUUACGGCAAGUCGGCAGACAAGUUCCUCUCCCUCAUCCCGGAGUGCUGCCGUGCCUCAACAGCGCCAUCUGGGGAGCGGGAGGAGGAACCCGCCUUUUGGGGGAAAGUGCUGGGCAGCCCCACGGCUGAGUCCCCGGUCCACCCCAGACCCAGCACGCCGUCCCGCCUGGCCCUCUUCAUCCGCCAGCAGAGUUCGGGCGGCGGCGCCUCGGCUAGCUCCCCCACCAGCACCGAGCCUCCCUCCUCCCCCCGAGGGGCUCCAGCCGCUCCCCUCUCCCCCGACAGCCCCCUGCACCAGGCCUCGGGCUCCACCGACGAGCCCAACGGGGAGUCGGGCUACCUGGACUACCUGCGGGAGGCGCGGCGGGGCAUCGAGGUCUGCUCCUGGGCCUGCCGCAACUGGUCAGCCCCCUACGACGGCGAGGACCCUUCUCCGAACCUGGCGCCGGCUCCCCCUCCCCCUCCCACCAGCCACCCCAGCCUGAGCCUGGUGCCCGAGCACUUCUCCCUCCAGGGCGGCCCAGCUGGCGCGGCCAGUGCGGGCGCGGGCCCAGGUGUGGGCCCAGGUGUGGUCCCAGGUGUGGUCCCAGGUGCGGGCACAGGCUCAGGCGAGGCCGGCCAGAAGGAGCGGGCGGCGGUGGUGGCGGCGGCGCGUUCGGAGUGGAGCAGCACGGAGCGCGACAGCGGCGAGUGGGACGUGACCAUCAGCAAGAACUGCAUCAGCCUGACGCCGCGCAGCAAGAAGCGCAGCCUGCAGCGGGACCAGACGCCGCUCAACACCGCCCCCAUGCACCUGCCCACCUCCUCCUCCUCCUCCGCAUCCUCAUCCUCAGUAUCAUCAGCAGCAACGACAAUGCCGACCUCCACUGUGUCCACCUCCUCCACCCCUGCUGCCCUACACCAGGCCCUCUUUAACGGGACGGGCCGGGGGGACAGCUGCCCCGACAUGGCCGAUGGGGGCAUGGAGGUGAAGAAGGUGAAGCGGGACGUGGAUGCGGACUCGAGCGUGAGCGUGAGCACGGGUGGCUCCGGCGCAGAGCCGGGCCAGAACGGUGCGGUGGGCGUGUGCUCCCCCGAGGCCUGUGCGCCGCCGCAGGGAGGCGGGAGUUGCGUUGAGGCCCGUGGUGGCCCCGGCGUCCUCCAACAGACGCCCCCGCAAGUGUCCCGCCAGCCUGACCGCCCACCACUGUCCUGCACAGCCCCCGCCCCGGCCCCUGCCCCGUCGCUCGACGAGGCCCCCCCGAAGCCCACUCCGUCUCCCGCCCCAGCAGCCCCGGAGGCGACCUUGGCCCCAUCGGCCUCCUCCUCCUUCUCCUCCUACUCCUCGGCGGUGAGCCGGGGGCUGGAGUCGGUGGAGAGCCUGAUCGAGGAGCUGCUGGAGCGCGCACCGACGGCAGCGGCCCCCGGGGACUCCAACGGCCAGGGCAUCAGCAUCGAGGCCUUCCACCAGGAGCUGCGCGAGCUGGAGGAGCGCGUGCGGGAGCGGCGGGCGGUCGCCCAGGCCCUGGAGGAGCUGGCCAGAGAGCCGCCCGCCCUCGAGCACGCCGAGGACGAGCUGCAGCCGCCGCCCACGCCGCUCGAGGCCGAGGCGGCAGCCGGCGAUGCCAAGAUGGAGAACGCGAUGGGAGGGAUGUUCAGUCCUGCCAGGCCCCUGGGCCAGCCGGCCGCUCCUCCAUACACUGGACCGUUUAUUAUGGUGCUGUUUGCCAAGCUGGAGAACAUGCUGCAGAACUCCCUGUACGUGAACAUCCUGCUGACGGGCAUCGUGUUCCAGCUGGCCUGCUACCCGCAGCCUCUCAUCCGCUCCUUCCUCCUCAACACCAACAUGGUCUUCCAGCCCAGCAUCAAGUCCCUCAUCCAGGUGCUGGGCACGGUGAAGAACCGCAUCGAGGUGUUCGCCGCCAUGCACGAGGACUUCCCGGCCAUGCUGAGGAAAGCCCGGCGCUACCUGCUGGCCCGCGGCAAGCUGGACUGGAGCGACUCGCCCACCGCUCUGCCCAGCCUGCGCCGCUCCGACUCCAUGGGUGAGGUGAAGAGCCGUAAGCCGUCUCUGGGCGACCUGAUCCUGCGCCACACCAACAGCCCGACCCGGGCGCGUAACGCCGCUCAGAUGGCCCUGGCGCACGUGCGCGACGGCGGCCAGUCCCUGCACAGCGCCCUGUUCCGCGCCACCACCUCCUCCACGGCCUCCAGCCUGGAGCGGCAGGCCGAGGCGCUGCGCGUCAAGAACGCCGUCUACUGCGCCGUGGUCUUCGCCGAGUUCCUCAAGGAGCUGGCCGCGCUCGCCCAGGAGCACGCCGUCGCCCUGCCCUUCCCCCGCAGCGGCCCCGGGGUAGAGGAGUGACCACACACACACACACACUCAAACACACACACACACUCAAACACACACACACACACAUACACAUACACCAACACCACAAUGACCCACAAACUGGUGGCUUUUUUUUCUUUCUUGCCACAUGAGGGCAGUAUUCAGUUUAAUCGAACUGAGAAAGAAGGAAGGCAGUUGGGGUUUCUGUUUUUUUUUUUUUUUUUUUAAUUGUUUGUGGAAAUUGCACAAGUGGCCCCACACAUCUGUGCAUAGCUGUGUACAUACCUAUACAUAGAAAGAGUAUAAAUAUAUGAGAUAUAUAGAAUAUUUAUGUGUAUGAUGGGUUUUUAUAUGCACAGAGACUAAACGCUGAACUGCUAUUUCCUGGAAAUGGUAUUCCCACCUGUGUACACACAAAUACACCCAUACACACUGUGCGCAGAGCUCUGCCACUGUAGAACUGUAUUUUAGCGGCUCGGCUGAAUGAAGUAGUUGUCCACCUGUAGUGCACGGCGCUCUCCUCUCAGCUCUGUGUGACUGACCGCCCUCCCUCAGUCCAGUCUGAUGCGGGACAGGAGAGGACUCUCGCGAGGCAGAUCCUCAUUCGUUUUCUACACAUUUUUAAAGCCCUGUUUGUCUCCGCGUGUCAGAGAAGCGUCCAAUGAAUGCAUUGGUGGAAGAGAUUUUUUGUUUUGUUUUGUUUUUGUCAAAAAAAAAAAGGAAUAAGGGUUCACCUCACAACAUGGGGACAUAAAUGAAUCAUGACUGGGGGGG